UCCUCCUCCUCCUCCUCCUCCUCUUCCACACUGCGGGCUGUUGCCGGGAUUCGAUCAUAUAACCAUAUAAACACGCUUACCGGUGUUUAUUUCACGGUCCGGUGGAAUCGGACGUUUUUCGCUCUCUGGUACGGGUCCUGGUUCCAGGGCCCCGGUCCCCUUUAAGGAUUCCCGAUUCAUCCGGGCCGUGGUCCUGUGUUAGAUCCAGUCUCUGGCUGCGGUGUCCGGAUCCAGGAGGGGCUCACCGCAGAAGAACGUUAGAAAAACUCCGGUUUAUGAACCGGAAUGGGUUUAUCUGAUAUUUGACCGCUUUAACCACACGGCCCGUGCUCUGUCGGCUCGAGGAACCCUCUGCGGAGGAUUCGGCUCCGGACACAUUCUUCUCGGCUCAUGGAGGCAUGAGGUACGGACCGGAGGAAGAUCCAGAACCGAGUGGAACUGACCGGGCCGAAAAACGUCAGAAAAAUACCAUUUUUUAAAUUCAAAUACGUUUAUUGGGAGAUUUUGAGGCCGGAGCACCGGACCCGCUGGUCCCCGGCUGAACGAGACCAUCGUGAAAAAUUCGGCCACGGUGUCAUCCUCCAGAACCAUGGGCACCCAGGGACCAGGCCGGAAGAGGAUCCCGAACUGGGAAAAGAUGACCGCAGAGGACGAUGCCCUCAACCAGAUAGCACGGGAGGCUGAAGCCCGGCUGGCAGCGAAACGAGCAGCGAGGGCUGAGGCCAGAGAAAUCAGGAUGAAGGAGCUGGAGCGACAACAAAAGGAGCUCUUUCACAGCCAUAAGAGGUACCAUGGAGCGGAUAAUAAUAAGUGGGGUCACAUUGAGCGAUGGAUGGAGGACAGUGAGCAGUAUUCCCGCCACUCACGGAGACAAAUGUCGAUGUCAGACGACGAGGAGAGGAUGUCUGUGGGGAGUCGAGGCAGCUUCAAGCCUUCAGACUACAGCAGCUUCCUGGGCUCCGGCUCUCGGGCCUCCUCCAGGGCCAGUUCAGCUCGGGCGAGCCCAGUGGUGGAGGAGAGGAUGGACAUCCUGGACAAAGUCUCCAGGACGCCGUCCUCCCUGUCCGCCGCCACGCUGGCAUCUCUGGGCGGAGCUUCAUCUCGAAGAGGAAGCUGUGACACAUCUGUCUCCGUGGAAACCGAGGCGUCAAUCAGAGAAAUCAAGGACUCCCUGGCGGAGGUGGAGGUCAGGUACCGGAGAGCGAUGGUUUCUAACGCUCAGCUCCACGAUGAGAAGACGACCCUGAUGUAUGAGGUGGAGACGCUGAAGGAGGAGCUCAGUGACAUGGAGGAGGAGCUAUGGGAGGCCCGGCGCCAUGGCGACGACAGGAGCAAGGAGAUUGAACGUCUGCGUCAGAUUCUCAGCGUCCUCAGGUUGGAGUUCAGGGACCUGAAGGACACACUGAAGGAUCUCAGACUGAAGUCCACCAGUUUUCAUGAGGAGGUCUGGGACCUUCAGGGAGUCCUGAAGUGGAACGACCAGAAGAUGGAGACCGACGUUGUCCUCAUUGAAUGUGACCGGCUCAGAGACGAAGUGGUCCGGCUGAAGGACGUCCUGAAGAGACAUGGAGUCACCGUUGCUAACGGAGACCCAGAGGAGGGAGGGGCCAAGGACGAUGUCAUCGCGGACUCUGGGGAGGCUCCGUGUGGACAGAGCAUCGAUUUGCAACAGAAGAAGUUGUUUGAAGAGAGACAGAGUUCACUGGAGCAGUUGAAGAGGCUCAAGUCAGAGCUGGAGCAGAGACAGAAGAAUGAGACGAACCAGCACCAGGACCAGGACCAGGACCAGCACCAGGACCAGGAUCAGGACCAGGACCAGAACCAGGACCAGCACCAGGACCAGGACCAGAAACAGGAGGACGGGAUGGACGCUCAUCUCCUAGACAUGCAGAGAGGUGCUAACAAACAGCUCAGUGAACUCAGGUUCAAGCUGGUGAGGUCUGAACAGGAAGUUUCUGCUCUGGAACAAAACGUCGUCCGACUGGAGGGACAGGUCAGCCGCUACAGGUCUGCGUUGGACAAGGCUGAGAGGACAGAGGACGAACUGAAGGCGGAGAAGAGGAAACUGCAGAGGGAGCUGCGCUCGGCUCUGGACCAGAUCGUGGAGCUGGACGCCGCUAACAGACACCUGUCCAAACGUCUGGAGAAGAUGAAGGCUAAUCGCAGCGCCCUCCUCUCCCUGCAGUGACACCUGGACGCCUCAGGGGGCGCAGUGGGCGGAGUAAGCUGGUCAGUUAGCGCCUUCUUCUGGCACAUCUUCCACCAAGAACACCUGAACGCAACACUCUGCAGCUUUAAAGCAACCAACUUUUCAAAAUCAACUUAUUUAUGAAUCAAGCCCCGCCCCUGGCUCUCAGUGAACCAGUGAAUGCUGCUAACUGCUAACUGCUAACUGCUAAAAUGUCCCGUGGGCGGAGCUUAUCACCGUGUAGGAACCAAAAUGGAGGACGGUGUUUCAUUCAGGUAAACAUCAAUCACCUGGAUGGAUUUGGUACCGCCCACUUUUCAUUCACGUUUUCAUUCAUGGUCACUUCCUGUGUGGACGGACCUUCACAAUAAAGGCGUCACUCUCCA